AUGGCGGAAAGCCCACACCCGACCGGCGCACUGUUAUCUCGCCUUGCGGAAGUAGAAGCGGAAAUAGAGCUCGAGGUCUCGAGGCAUAAGUCUCUCAUGGAUCGUCUGGAGAUUGAGAAGAUCGAAGUCCUCACGCGCAUCAACGCUCUUCGCGACCCGCUUUCGCGCAUUCCUCUAGAAAUCACUUCGACUAUCUUCGAUAUGUGUUUGCCCGAGGACUCAGAUGAACUCGGAAUACCUCCAGGAUCCUUAGGCCUAGUGCUUUUACGCGUGUCUCGCGGCUGGGCGAAGUUCGCGCUCGCCACGAGCUCUCUGUGGACUGAGUUGGUCGUACGAAGGAUAACGGACGGAUUGGGGCAUGGAAUCUCUCGAUGGAUUGGAUACGCGCGCGGCCGUCCUGCAUCUCUAACGCUUGUCGUUUCGCACGGACUGCUCGGCACCGACGACGUGAACGUCCUGGCCAAUCUCGUCGACCACCUCCGAGACCCUAUUUCACAGUCGUCGUCCAUCAACACUGUUCGUAUUGGGGGACGCCUUCCCGGAAGUGUGAUGAGAGAUAUCGUGCUCUCGCUGCGGGCAACGCUCGACUCUCUCACUUUGUUCUGUGCGGACAGCGAGCGGGAAAUGGGGACUGUCUUUGAGCUUCUGCAAUCUUGCGCAUCACGGCUGAGGUCCCUUUGUCUUGUGGACGGUCAAUGCGAAGAAACCGACCAUCCUGCGAUCAAAUCACCAUUGGUUUUCUCUUGCCUCUUCAAACUGGAGCUCCGUUCCCAGGCUCAGUGGCCCAAUAGCAUUCUGCUGAAUCAUAUCGAGGCCCCUGCCCUCACGAAGCUGACUCUUGUUGAAUUUGACCGUUCGCUUGAUGAUAUGCGAGAUUUCGUCCGGCGUUCAAACGCACCCAUAACCUCACUGCGUGUCGUGCACGAUAGGGAUGAUGAGGAGUGGAAGUGGAACCGGAUUCUACCUCUGCUUCCACAACUGCAGGAACUCGACGUUAGCAAAGGCGACACAGUGGUGACGCGCCGGCUGAUCGACAUUCUCACUAAUGAAGCUGAUGUCGUUCCCGCCUUGCAUACCUUGAGCAUGUUUCAAAUGCAGACUGUUUUUAUGACCGUGAGUCAGUCUGUGGAUCUCAUCGACGCGAGGCAGGCGUCCCUUCGCUCAAUCAAAUUCGACUUUCCACUUGGAGCGACGGUUAACUGGGAGCUCGAAAGGGACGCGUUAGCUGCUUUGAAGAAAUUUAUCGAAAACGGGCUGCUGUCCUUGAGAUCAGACCAGUGGCUGGGCUGA